AUAAAGCCAAAAAAUAUUGACAAAUAGAGUGUCGGCAGUUUUUGUAAACAAACAAAAUGGAUGACCAGAAGACUAAAAAAUUAUGUGGCACCACAGAGAAUAAAUCGAAAACUGAAAGUGCGAGUGAAACAUUAAAUUCUAAAAUUCAAGACUUAACCUACGAUGUUCUUAGAAUUAUUUUCAAGUUUUUAAAUGGAAAAGACUUGUCAGCUGCAGCAAUGGUUUGCAGAUGCUGGCGUGACGCGGCAAUAAGUGAAUUGAAAACAAGAGGCUCCGAAUAUUUAUGCAAAUCUUUAGAAAAAAAUAAUGACUCUUGUGAUAAUUAUCUGGACAAUAGAGUUGUGAGGAAUUUACGAAUAAAACCAAUGUUGGGCCUUAUAUUUACCGGUGAUGUUGAAAAUAGAAUAUUCGAUUCUGUGAAAGGUUCCGCCACUGAUUGCUAUUGUUCACAAUUACCAACGUCCUGCGAAACUGUCAUGCUAAGAACUUGCGAGACAAUAUCCAGUGAUCUCGUCUUAGGCAAAAAUGACGCUGUUUGCGUAUUUUUUCCAACAAUUCCGAAAGUUAAAGUUAACACAUUCUCACUGGACGAUUCAAGUAAUUUGGAAAAGGAAAAAGUCCUCGAUUGGAUACACAGUUGCUCCGAAUUUGGCAGUAAUGAAAAAUCGAAAUGCAUCAUGGUUUUCUCCGAUUGUGAUGGUUAUAAGCACGCGAUAAAAAUGUUGCGAACAAUAAAAUGCAAAUAUCCAAAACAGAAACUCUCUCUAAUUGGCGGUAUUGUCAAAGACAUUAUUUACUGCAAACGAACGAGUGAAGAGAAAUUUUGCAAAAAAUCAUCAACAGUAACGGUUGUUACAUUAUCGGGUCCAGGAAUUCACACGUGGUCAGCAAUAAUUCCCAAAAAAUGCUACGGCGAAGAGGAAAUUGAAGAGAAAUUAAAAAUUCUCCGCGAGAAUGUACAAUUGAAAAAAUUCACAAUGGGUUUUAUAUUCUCUUGCGUUGCACGUCUUGAGAAUAAAAAAAUGGAAAUGCGUGUAUUUAAGAAAAUAUUCCCCGAAAUUCCAAUUGCAGGUGGUUUUGGUGAUGGGGAAUUCGGUGAGAAUACAAUACAAACUUUAUCACCGAGAAAAGGCAAGGCUUCAAGAUCCUACGAAUUUUCGACAGUAUUCAUGAUUUUAACAUACGGUUAAUUGAUAAUUUUAAUUUCAUUUCAAUCAACUUCAUGGAAAAUUUUUUCUUUCGUUAUUUUGGAAAUUUUUUCCACAAGAAAAAUUUGAUCUUCAAAAAAUGAAAAUCGCGGAGAACUGAAAAAAUAUCCGACUUUUAAAAUUAAUUUACGAAAGUUAUAAAUAAGUUUUAAAAAAAUGUGAAAUUAUCUCAUAAGGGAGAUAAAUGAUGUCGUCUUAUUUCAAAACUUUAUUAAUUAAGUUCCUAGUUCUGUAUUUAAGAUAGAAUAUUUAAAUAUUUCGAGAACUGAUAAUUUUGUAUAUUAUAAUCUACGUGAGGUAAAUUAAUAUAAAUGAGGUAAAAUAAAAAUAUAUUAUUAUAU